CUCUCUCUCGUCAUUCUUCAUCCUUUGCCAAUUGCCAAUUUGCCAUCCAAAAAACCAAACUCUUUAAUCUUUUAUUCUUUAGAAAUGGCUCUUGCUUCCGUCUCUCCAUUUUCUGUAAAAGCCCUACAAUUGUCGUCGUCUUCUUCUUCGGUUGGGAAUAAUCUGGAACAUGUCUCGAGGCCCUCCGUCGUUAUCUGUAGCGCCUCACCGGAAAGCAGGCCCAAUCCUUUCGAAUCGAAGAAGUUGAAGGCUCUAAUGUCGACUGCAUUGGCAACUGCGGUUAUAAGCUUCAACUCCGGACUGCCAGCUCUCGCCGAUCUCAACAAAUAUGAAGCGGAGGUCCGUGGUGAAUUCGGGAUUGGAUCUGCAGCCCAAUUUGGUUCUGCUGAUCUCAGGAAAGCGGUUCAUGUGAAUGAGAAUUUCAGACGAGCCAACUUCACAUCUGCCGAUAUGAGGGAAUCUGAUUUCAGUGGUUCAACAUUUAAUGGCGCAUACCUUGAAAAGGCGGUAGCAUACAAGGCGAAUUUCACAGGUGCGGACUUGAGUGACACAUUGAUGGACCGCAUGGUUCUUAAUGAAGCUAACUUCACAAAUGCUGUGCUCAUUAGAUCUGUACUUACCCGCAGUGAUCUUGGGGGUGCAGUCAUUGAAGGUGCUGACUUCAGUGAUGCUGUCUUGGAUCUUCCUCAGAAGCAGGCUCUGUGCAAAUAUGCAAGUGGAACGAAUCCUGUUACAGGGGUGAGCACGAGAGCUAGUCUGGGUUGCGGCAACAGUCGUCGUAGCGCUUAUGGGAGCCCAUCAUCUCCUCUAUUAAGUGCCCCACCACAGAAACUGCUUGAUCGGGAUGGAUUCUGUGACCAAGCUACGGGCCUCUGUGAUGCAAAGUGAUGGGGUGAAUGAAUACCAUUAUCUUGUAUUUGUGAAUAUACACAUGGAGGCGUCAAAAGAAUCAUCCUUGUCGAUCAAUUCAGUUUAUGGAUAACUGUCAAGAGACAAUCGAACAACAACGAGCUUGUAUCUAUUUGUAUUUGUUUUAAACAAAAUGUGAAGCAAAAAUUUCUGAAACAGCAUUAUGACCUCCAUUCUCCGUUUUGGCAUCUGAAUAUUCCUUUUAUUUUGAAAGCCAA